CGCCAACCGGACAUCAUAACAAUGAUUUUUACUGCAGCUGACUUUCCGCCGGCAGGAAAAGGACGUAGUAAGUCAGUGUUUGUUAUUUUAGAUGCUGACCAACCGACUAUGUUUAAGCUUGAUAAUAACAAACUACAAAAUUAGCUAGCUAGGUUAGUAUGCUAACAGGAAGUGUUUUUGGAUCCAAAGUUAACAUUACGACACCGAAAAGACAAUCUUUCCAGCGGUGAAAUACCACUUUAAACGGGCCAGUUAACUUCAGCUGACGGCAACAGCUUCGCGAGGAGCUGUCUCAGUCAUCCCACCUGAUCUGACACUCCAUCAUCUCAUCUACUGAUCCACUCAUCUGCCAGCAUGGCUAACACAGACUCUGUCAGUGUCCGGGUCUUCUCUCUGAACUGCUGGGGGAUCCGAUACCUUAGCAAACACUGUCCUCAGCGCUAUGCCAUGAUUGGAGAUAUGUUGUGCAAGGAAGAGCAUGAUCUUGUCCUACUGCAAGAGGUGUGGAGUGAAAAAGACUAUCUCUCCUUGAAAAAGAAACUUUCCUGUAGUCAUCCUCACUCGCAUUACUUCAAAAGUGGAGUCAUAGGCAGUGGACUGGCCAUUUUCUCCAAACACAGAAUCCAUGAUACAUUUCUUUAUCGCUACUCACUGAACGGUUAUCCAUACAUGGCUCACCAUGGAGACUGGUUUGGAGGCAAAGCCGUUGGGAUGGCCGUCUUAAGCAUCGGCAAGCUGACUGCAAACGUCUACGUCACUCAUCUUCAUGCAGAGUACUGCAGAGAGAAGGACGCUUAUCUACCUCACAGAGUGGUUCAGGCCUGGGAGCUGCAGCAGUUCAUUCGUCACACCUCUGCUGGAGCAGAUGUGGUGAUUCUUGGUGGUGACCUCAACAUGCAUCCUCAGGACCUCGGCAACAGACUACUGAGGGCUUACACCGGCCUCCGAGACUCUUAUUCAGAGACUCCCAAGUUUGAUGGUUGUGAGGACGGUAUGACUCUAAUAGCAGACAACCCUUUCAUCAGUAAAAAAGAGCUCGUUCCCUUCGAGAAGGGAAUCCGAAUUGACUACAUCCUGUUCAAGGGUUCUUCAGAAAUGGAUAUUCAUUGUGAUUACAUGUCCACCACCAAAGGCUCCGUCCCCGACCAUCCUUUCCCAUAUUCCGACCACGAGGCUCUGACUGCUGAACUGAGACUCGACCCGCACAAUCCGGCUGAGACUGGAAGUGACGGGCAGUCUAAGGAUCAGGACUGUGCUGCAGGAAAGGGCGCCGAGUUGGUCGACAUUCUGACAGAGGCCCGUACGGAAGUCAAAGUGGGCUUGCACUGCGCUGAGAGGAUGCGCUACACAGCAACACGCACCGGAGUGAUGGGGUUGGCUCUGCUGAUCCUGGAGCUGGCCAUCGCAGCCGUGCCCUGGUUGGCCCUCGGAGCGGAACAGCCUUUCCCUCGUACCUCCUUCUACCUGCUGGCCGCGCUGUGCUUCGCCAUCCUUCUCACCACAUUUCUACUGUACAUCUUCUACACCAUGGAGCUGAAAUCUCUUCAGGGUGCUGAGGACCAGAUGAGGCUGGCUAUAGGUAGUCUGCAAGAGAAGCUCAGAGGUUUUCCUCUGGCUCAGCCCCACAACGUCCAGCGGAGGCCCCCGGAGGGUCAGGAGCCAAGUGCCUUUGAUCCAGAGGAAUAACGCAGGAGUCAGUUGGGUUCAGUGAAAUGACACCUUUUGAAGUUUUAAGGAGUCAUUGCUUCCGUGAAUGUGUUUGAUGCUCUUGAGAUUUAGAUUCGUACUGCAGAACGAACCAUAAUUGAAGGAUGUUUCUGGAAGUAGUGCAGGACACAUGCUUUGACAUUUUUAUACUUUUUAUAUACUCGACUUUAACAUUUUAUGACCCCUAGAUUUCACUCUAUGCACCUCUACAGAUAAGCUUCCUAUUACACCGUAAGAUACGUCCAUGCUGCUGCUGUGUUUUAAGGUCCUAAAUGUGAGCAUUUGUGUUUUUUAAGCCUCAGGUCCGACUUGCAUUCCAUCCACCAGUAGUUUCAGCGGGAUCAGUUAUUUCUGUUUCUGAUUUUUUUGCUUCCAAUUUUUUGGAAUUUGCUGCAUCGGAGAGUCCACAUCACAAUCAUAGUGGGUCUAGACUGUGUUUGCAGAUUUACUUGCUUUACUUUAAUAUGUACAGUUAUUAGCCUGGUGAUCUCCACUGCACACAGCACACAUACACACUCUGAAGGUUGUACUGUAGGUUUGUAUUUAGGUCAGUAACAUUUUUUUUUCUGCAGGACAGAUCACUGAGAGCUUCCAGUAGCACUUAGAGACAAUGUCCUCAUGCACCAGUUUAGACUUUUCAGUGUAGUAUAUUAUAGGAAAAGGGCAAAUCUCUCUCUGCAUGUCUCUUUUCUCAUGUUCAUUGUCUUGCACUGGAAAGUGUUUUUUUUAUGUUAAAGAGACAAUCCAAACUCAUUUUUUCUGUAGCCCAAAGUAAAGCAGUGGGGAUGCUCUGAAAAUGUGUCAUGUAAACUCUUAACUUUGAUUUAUUUGAUGAGAUGAAUCACUUUUACAAAGAAUAAUGUAUGACGGAAAAUUAAAAACACCUAAUUUAUAUUUAGUGUGCAGGGCACUUAGUUGACUAACCAGAUAAUCCACUUCCUUUUAUAACUUAAUGUUACGUAUUCACAGUUCCACUGUAAAACUGACUCAGCUAGAGCCAAACAAUGACUGAUCAUCUUUAAAUGUAUUCUCGAUUCUCAGCACAAUGUUCUUAAUUUUAUGAAGGUUCAUAUAAUUUGAGAUGACACCUGAUGUUCAUUCCAAUUGAAAAUUGUGAUGGGCAUGAUUAUGAAAACAGUAAUAAAGAAUUUAUACUGGUGA